AAUGUCUGAACGUGCUGGAUUUCAAGCUGGGUUUGGUGGCGCUCCACCGGCAGGUGCUGCAGCCGGAGGACGUGGUGUGCGUGGUGGAGCUCGUGGAAGAGGAGGGCCUCGUGGUCGAGGUGGACGUGGAGGUCGUGGCAAAGAUGCGGAGAGAGAAUGGCAACCCGUUACUAAGCUUGGACGUUUAGUUAAAGAGAGAAAAAUAACAACGAUUGAAGAAAUUUAUCUUCAUUCUCUUCCAAUCAAGGAAUAUGAGAUAAUCGAUCUGUUGCUUGCUGAUAAGAAGCUUAAAGAUGAGGUGCUUAAGAUUAUGCCUGUACAGAAGCAGACUCGAGCAGGUCAGCGUACUCGUUUCAAAGCUUUUGUUGCAAUUGGAGAUGGACAAGGACAUGUUGGUUUGGGUGUUAAGUGUUCAAAGGAAGUAGCGACUGCUAUUCGUGGAGCAAUCAUUGCUGCUAAACUGGCAAUAAUCCCUGUUCGUAGAGGCUAUUGGGGAAACAAAAUUGGCGAUCCUCAUACUGUUCCUUGCAAGGUCACUGGAAAGUGUGCUUCUGUACUCGUUCGUCUUAUUCCUGCUCCAAGAGGAACUGGCAUAGUCGGGGCACCUGUUCCGAAAAAAUUGUUGCAAAUGGCGGGAAUCGAUGAUUGCUACACCUCAGCUGUUGGCCAAACCGCAACCCUUGGAAACUUCGCUAAAGCUACCUACUAUGCAAUUCAACGCACAUACUCUUAUUUGACACCAGAUCUGUGGAAAGAGAAUACUUUGCCUAAAAAUCCUCUUGAUUGUAGUACUGGAACAACGGCUCCGUGA